GACAGGAUGUGCACUGCUACGAGAGCACAAGUCCAUUAUUUGUUUUUAGAAAGUGUGUGCAUACACUUGCCUGUUGCUUGUGUAUCCUAAGGGAAGCUCAAGGACACACACUCAAUCUACUGGGCUGGUACUGGGACUGUCUGAGGCAGGAUGCUGGGUCUUGGAGGAAACCCUGUUCAGACCAGCCCUGUGUGUGUUUGUGUGUGUGUGUGUGUGUGUGUGUGUGUGAUGUUAAAAACUUAGACACAGUGCCAUUAAUCUAACAGAUGCUAAGAGGAAACAACAAGAUGAAGCGGGCCAGUGAUUCCCAAUCAGGAGGUACUUCAGGGUCACACAUGGAAAGAUUGUGCAGUAGCUCAACUUAUAUAAAGAAAAAUAGAUAUUCUUUCUUGAUUUACAAAUAGACAUCCACAUAUCAGGUCAUCGACUCACACCUGAGCACUACAAAAUGAACAAGCAUGCAGAGAAGUCUAAAAACAAUGGACAGUUCAAAUAGCCAAAAUAAAAGUAAUGGAUAAACAGUUUGAAUUGUUAGCUUAAAGUAAAAAUUGUCAGCUAAAUGCAAGACUGCUAAGACUUUACAGACAGCAUGGUAAUAUUUUCAUUCAAGACACAAAGGUGUUUUCCACUCCCGAUAAGCACGCACAUUUUUAUCUUCCCAUGCGCACACACUCCGGUAAGACAAAAGACACAUAUCCUCUGCAUGUGACAUCCAUCCCGGGACCGGCUGAGCUCCAUAUCCUCCCCAUGAUCCCUCAGCUAGAGAGGCAACAUCCUCUGGCUGCAGCGAGGGGAAGCUGGCCUCACUGUGACACUCGGCUCUGCAACAGGUAACAGCUCAACUCCAAAUCUCCGCGCCUAUACUCGAAACCUCCAGUCACCGCUUUCCGCUUUUGGAUCGUCGCGUCAGGAAGUCAAAUUUCCGUCAGUUUCAGGCAUCUCCUGGGACAGUCUUCUAGGCAGAUCCUCUUACUGCCUGACCAAAGGAUUUGCCAGAACGAUCCAAGGAGAGAAGAAUAUUUUUCCUCUGACACUCAUCACACAAAGUGUAAGAGGUGCACACACCACCAAACAAGACAAAGUCACUAUAAAACAGGGACGGGAAAGAAACGAGAAAAGGGAACAAUGAUGGAACUGAGGAUCCAGCUCAUCCCAACAGGGGAAAUCAUCCUUCCUCCGGGGAAGAACGGGGAAAACUACUGCCACAACUGCAAGGUGGUGGCUAGUGACGGGGUCCGGGCUAUGAUGGAGUCGGCCCUGACAGCCAGAGACCGGGUGGGCGUGCAGGACUUUGUCCUGCUGGAGAACUACACCAGCGAGGCCGCCUUCAUAGAGAACCUGCGCAAACGCUUCAAAGAGAACCUCAUCUAUACGUACAUCGGUUCAGUGCUGGUGUCAGUUAACCCAUACAAAGACCUGGAGAUCUACACCAAGAACCACAUGGAGCGAUACCGUGGAGUCAACUUCUACGAGGUCUCACCACACAUCUAUGCAGUGGCAGACAACUCGUACCGUUCCUUGAGGACAGAGAGAAAGGACCAGUGCAUCCUCAUCUCUGGGGAGAGCGGCGCUGGGAAGACGGAGGCAUCCAAAAAGAUCCUGCAGUACUACGCCGUCACCUGUCCGGCCAGCGAGCAGGUGCAGACCAUCAAAGACCGCCUGCUGCAGUCCAACCCUGUGCUGGAGGCCUUUGGCAAUGCCAAGACGUUGCGCAACGACAACUCGAGCCGCUUUGGCAAGUACAUGGACAUUCAGUUUGACUUCAAGGGCGCCCCAGUGGGAGGCCACAUCAUCAACUACCUGCUGGAGAAGUCCCGCGUGGUCCACCAGAACCACGGGGAGAGGAACUUCCACAUUUUCUAUCAGCUGAUCGAGGGAGGGGAAGAGGACCUGCUGAGACGCCUGGGCCUGGAGAGGAACCCUCAGCAGUACCAGUUCCUGGUCAAAGGUAACUGUCCCAAAGUGAGCUCCAUCAACGACCGCAGUGAUUGGAAGGUGGUGAGGAAAGCCUUGACUGUGAUUGGCUUCAGCGAAGACGAGGUGGAGGAGUUGUUGAACAUAAUCGCCAGUGUGCUCCACCUAGGGAAUGUGCAGUACGGUGGAGAAGAGGGCAAUGCCUGCAUCACUUCUGACACACAGAUAAAGUACCUGGCCAGGUUGUUAGGAGUGAAUGGGACAGUGCUGACAGAGGCACUCACGCACAAGACGAUAAUUGCCAAGGGAGAGGAGUUGAUGAGCCCGCUGAACCUAGAGCAAGCGUCAUCAGCUCGAGAUGCCCUGGCCAAGGCAGUGUACGGACGCACCUUCACCUGGCUGGUUAACAAGAUCAACGCUUCGCUGGCAUACACGGAUGAAUCCUUCAAGAACUACUCUGUCAUUGGCCUGCUGGACAUCUAUGGUUUUGAGGUCUUCCAGAACAACAGCUUUGAGCAGUUCUGUAUCAACUACUGUAACGAGAAGCUGCAGCAACUCUUCAUUGAGCUCACCCUCAAGUCAGAGCAGGAGGAGUACGAGGCUGAAGGCAUCACGUGGGAGCCGGUGCAGUACUUCAACAACAAGAUCAUCUGUGACCUGGUGGAGGAAAAGUUCAAAGGCAUCAUCUCCAUACUGGAUGAGGAGUGUCUGAGACCUGGAGACGCCAGUGAUUUCACCUUCCUAGAGAAGCUGGAGGACACUGUGGGAGGACACCCACACUUUGUCACUCACAAGCUGGCUGAUGCAAAGACCCGGAAGGUAAUGGGCCGUGACGAAUUCAGACUGCUGCACUACGCUGGAGAGGUCAACUACAAUGUCAACGGAUUUUUGGACAAGAACAACGACCUGCUCUUCAGGAACUUAAAAGAGGUUAUGUGUAAGUCAGAGAACAAGAUCCUGACCCAGUGUUUUGACAGGGAGGAGCUGAGUGACAAGAAACGCCCAGAAACGGCAGCCACCCAGUUCAAAGCAAGUCUGGCGAAACUCAUGGAGAUCCUCAUGUCGAAGGAGCCGUCGUACGUCCGCUGCAUCAAGCCCAAUGACGCCAAGCAAGCAGUUCGAUUUGACGAGGUGUUGAUCCGUCACCAGGUCAAGUACCUGGGGCUGAUGGAGAAUCUGAGGGUGAGGAGAGCCGGCUUUGCUUACAGACGGCGCUACGAGAUCUUCCUGCAGAGGUAUAAGUCCCUGUGUCCAGACACAUGGCCUAACUGGCAGGGGAAACUGUCUGAUGGAGUGGCCACACUGGUCAAAUACCUGGGAUACAAGCCUGAGGAGUACAAACUGGGCAGAUCCAAAAUCUUCAUCCGUUUCCCAAAGACCUUGUUUGCCACCGAGGAUGCACUGGAGACCAGGAAACACAGUCUUGCCACCAAGCUGCAGGCAGGAUGGAGAGGCUACCGCCAGAAGUCCAAAUACCAAAAACUCAGAACCUCAGCUAUUGCCAUCCAGGCGUGGUGGAGAGGGAUCCUGGCCAGGAGGAGAGCCCAGCACAGACGACAGGCUGCUAAUACUAUCCGCAGGUUCAUCAAAGGCUUCAUCUACCGCCACAGGGAGCGCUGUCCAGAGAACGAGUACUUCCUGGAUUAUGUGCGCUACUCCUUCCUCAUGACGCUGCGGAGGAACCUGCCCAAGGACGUCCUGGACAAGAGCUGGCCGACGCCUCCGGCUGCUCUCACUGAGGCCUCAGAGCACUUGCGUAAGCUGUGCAUGCAGAACAUGGUGUGGAGCUACUGCAAGAAGAUCAGUCCUGAGUGGAAACACCAGAUGGAGCAGAAGAUGAUGGCCAGUGAGAUCUUCAAGGACAAGAAGGACAACUACCCACAGAGCGUGCCCAAACUGUUUGUCGGCACCAGACUCAAUGGUGAGGACAUUAACCCCAAGGUGCUGCAGGCUCUGGGCAGUGAGAAGAUGAAGUAUGCAGUGCCAGUCACCAAGUACGACCGAAAAGGCUACAAGGCUCGGCCCCGCCAGCUGCUGCUCACCUCCAACAGUGUCAUUAUCGUAGAGGAGGCCAAACUCAAGCAGCGCAUCGACUAUGGAGCUCUAAAAGGUAUCUCCGUCAGCUCUCUCAGCGACGGCCUGUUCGUUCUGCACGUGCCCAGUGACGACAACAAACAGAAGGGAGACGUGAUCCUGCAGAGUGACCAUGUGAUCGAGACCCUGACCAAGAUUGGGAUUUGUGCCGACAAAAUAAACAGCAUCAACAUCAACCAGGGCAGUAUAAAGUUUACAGUGGGUCAAGGGAAAGAAGGGAUCAUAGACUUCACGCCGGGAUCAGAACUACUGGUGGCCAAGGCUAAGAACGGACACUUGUCUGUGACUGCUCCCAGACUGAACUCCAGAUGAUGGCCACUCUGACCACACACAUACACCAGGACCUACUUACUGCUCACCUCUCCCAUCCUCCAAUCACACGACCGCAGACGUUGCUCUGCCUAAGCCAAUCAGUUGCCAGCUGUCACUACACGGGUGGCAUGUGCUUCCAAUUUAAAAAAAAAACAAAAACAAAUAUAAAUCCAGCAAAACUAAUUGAUAUAUUUAUGUUUAUAUAUUAUAUUUUUGGGAUUAAUACUGUUGCUGUUUGAAAAUUCUGAUUUUAUAUAUGAGGCCAAGAAAUAACUAAUAUUUUGGUGCAUUUUUCUUGCACCAUGUGUGUUUAUUGUGCUUUAUUUGGGAACAUGACCAAGAAAAUGAUGAGGGAAGAGUCAGAAUAAGAGACAACAAUGAGAAGAAGGGGAUUGAUGAAAAUCAGGGUUAGUUCUUGCCUGUUGCCUUUUUUUCCACCGUUUACUUUUUCUGCUUGACUCAUAGCCUCGACUGUCUCCUUGACACUGCUUUUCCAACUGGGGUGAAUGGCUUGGUAUUGAAUCAUGAAGGUGUGUAGAACAAGGGUGACAGUAUGUAGGAGAGUUGUUGACGGGAUCAGAGACGAGGAAGAACAACUCAAAUGGUGAUGCUUUGGCACCAAAAGGCUGGUUGUCUCAGACUGGCUCACUAAAUCAGAAUAAAUAGUUGGAUGUGCUACUGAAUUUGUUUUUUUUUUAUUAUCUAUUUGUGCUGUGUCAGAAUAAGAAGGGAGCUUGUCAUGAGAGAUUCACUACAUUAAAUAAACAGCUGUGUAGAUGCUGCAAAAGGAACCAGGUAUGUGGGCGAGAAAAGGCAAGAGAAAGGUGAAAAGAAAGAACGCAGCGGUCAUUUGCCUUGACCCCAGGUGUUUGUGCCUUUCCCCUUGACUAAUUUAUUCUAAAGUGAGUUGAGCUGUAUAUUGAUGUGUGAAAACCAUGACACUCCGCACGAGAAUGAGGCGAGUUAAGUGUAGAUAGAAACCUGAAUGUCCUCUGACGGAAUGCUGUACAGCAGUCUUCCCUUGUUCAGAACAAAGUAACACGCUCUGACUUUGUCUACGGCCCCAGCAUCUCUCUCUCUCUCUCUCUCUCUCUCUCUCUCUCUCUCUCUCUCUCUCUCUCUCUGAACUGGUCAGAUGGCUACACCCCACCAGGGUUUGACCAGUAUUUUUGAAGCUGCAAUAACCUGUUUUUGUUUUAGUGUUGAUGUUCAAUAAAACGCUUUUCACAAUGCUACGCCUUUGAAGCUGCAAUUAGACCAAAAUGUGAGACUGAAACUGUGUUUAGCUCAAAUACAUGUGAAGGCCAAAAAAAAGUGAUAUUGUCCAGAUGUUUGACUGAUUUAAAUGUGACAUUUUUAAAGCAACAGUUUGACAUUUUGGGAAAUCAGCUGGAUCACUUUCUUGCCAAGAGUUAAGAUUAUUACAAGAUUGAUACCAUCCUCGUGUCUGUAAGCUAAAUAAGAAGCUAGCUUAUUUUAGGGGGGGAACAGUUAGCUUUGCUCUAUCCAAAGGUAAAAACCUAAACAUUUUGAUUAUAAUACAGAUGAAAGAAACACAAUUAAAUGUGAAUUAUUGGGAUUUAGAGGUGCUGGUAUGCAGAUAAGCUUUGAACAGAGCCAGGCUAUCGGUUUCCACCUCUUUCCAGUGUUUAUGCUAAGCUAAGCUCCAGCAUCAUGUUGAACACACAGAUAGUCCUAUCAAUUUUCUCAUUACCUCUCGGACAAAAAGGCACAUUAGUGCAUUUUCCAAAGUGUCAAACUAUUCCUUUAGUGCCAAGUAUAAACAUCCACAGUUUUUGCCCUUUUAACAAUAGAAAAACUUCUGAAAUACAGUAGCAUCUAAAUUGUCAUGGGAACCUAAUAUCCUUCAUUAACAGCAAAAUAUUUAUUCAUCCUUAACACCAGGUUAUGGGUCUCCUAUAGACCAGCUCUACAACAAAACACAUCUCCGUCUACUCUGACCAAAGACUGACCCUGAAAAACUUGUGUUAUUGAAAACUUUUGAGAGGAGCUCCAAAAUGUUUCCAAGAUUAUUUUUGUUCUUUUCUCCAGACCUCGCUCACUGACAAAACUUUUUCUCUGCAUGGCUCUGGGUGGCGAGGUGGGUGCAAUAUGGCGAGGCAGGACUGUGCGACCGCACUUACGAGAUACUAGCCAAAGAACCUGUUGAUUUAUAGUGAUUCUGUGUUGUACGAUUUAUAUGAUGUAAUGAUGUCAGUUCUGAAUGUCGUCUUGUUUCUUUCAGGAGGGAGAUCUGUAUGUACAGUUUGUGUUCUGUGUUAUAAAUGAGAGAUUCAAGCCAAGCGAGGUUUGAUGUGAAACAUAUGGGGAGGAAAAAGCUUUUAGUAUUGUUUGUGAACGCAAACUUGUUAAUGUGCCUUGUUGGAUAUAGCAAUACAACAGAUUAGAGUGGAAUUAGAAGAGAAAUACCUCCUUGAAUCUAGUCCCUGGCUGAUGACGGGUGUCGGCCCAUUUCUAAAAGUUUCCCAGCAUCAUCUAAAGGUCUCCUCCCUGUUUGUGUAUAAGCUUUAUUCAAAACAAGUCCUGCGUUUGUCUGUUGAUUUACAGAUGCACUCCUGUUAUCAGUCCUGACUUACUGUAUGCACCACACCAAUGUAUAAUUAUGACAACACACUAAAAAAAAAAAAGAUACUAAAGAUUUGAAAAAUAAAUUUGAAAAGUAAAUACAAACCGA